AUGACAUCAGAACAAAAAGAUAGAAUAUGUAAUGGUAUUGACACACAAAUAUUGAUUGAAAAUUUCCAACGACAAGAACAAUUAAGAUCAACAAGCUCAACACUAGAUCAACAAACAAUCAUUACCACGACCACUGCACAUUCACUUGUGACCAUAACACGAGCAGGUGAUCUAUGUAUUGGCAUAUGUAAUACAAUAGGUGGUGGAUCGGACGUGAAUUAUCCAACCAGUGAAAAUCCAUCGAACGCUAUCGAUGGUUUAUUAACUACAAAAUAUCUCAAUUUCGGAGAUCCAUCAUCCGGUUGUUCUGGUUCAAGUCCUGUUGGAAUAAAUACUGGAUUUUAUGUUACGCCUACUAUAAGUAAUGUAUCUGUUGCUGUUGGACUUCUUUUUGUGACUGCAUGGAAUGCUCCUAAUCGUGAUCCAAUAACAGUAAUUCGUGAAGGAAAAAAUGCAACAAAUACUACAGCUCUCAAUUCUGGAACAAGUUGGAGAUUGAUUUACAAUGGUUCAACAGAUAUUAGUUUCUCAACAAAAUUGUUCGAAUACAAUUGCUUUUAA